GAAAACGUCACCUUUACCUUCCAGCACUCAAUCAACCAACCAGCCAGUUUUUUUAGCGGAGAUGCAUAGUAAACGAUGAUUUCAUGGGAGUAAUUAUAUAAAAACAGUAGAUACUUUUCAUUGAAUGUAACGUUAAGGAAAAUGUGUAUUUUCUGAAAGGACAAUGAACGAUAGCGGCGCCGAAUGUUCAGAGGCCCUUGACCCGCGAGUUCAGAUUGAAUUGGAACGCCUAAACACAGCAACAGAUGAGAUCAAUCGACUUGAAGUAGAAUUGGACGAGGCCCGCUUGGCCUUCCGCCGCCUGCUCGCCGAGGGACACCUUAGAAUCCAGCAAUUGACUAAAAAACUUGGUACUAGUGUCCAUAAGGCCCGGCCUUACUAUGAAGCGAGAUUUAGAGCUAAUAUUACGUCUCAAGAACUGCAAGUGGCAACGGUCGCCUAUGACAAAGCGAACAGCGCUCACGCAGCGGCGAGAGAGAUGGUGUACCUGGCGGAGCAGGGGCUGGCGCGGCUGGGUGAGGGCUCGGAGGGCGGCGUCACGCUCGACCCCGCCUGGCAGGAGAUGCUCAACCAUGCCACUCAUAGAGUUAACCAGGCGGAGAUGGAGCGCGCGCACGCUCGCGCGUCGCAGCGCGCGCGCGCGCUCGCGCACGAAGCCGCGGCCGCGCGCGCGCUGCAGCUGCAGGCCGCGCUCAAGCGACACAUCGCCAAGUCCAGGCCGUACUUCGAGGAGAAGGCUCGCAUCAACUCCGCGCUGGAACACCAGAAGGCGAGGAUACAAAGCCUGGAGGAGCAAGUUGCGGAGGUGAAGCAGCAGUAUUCCUCAGCGUUGAGGAACUUGGAGAGAAUAUCUGAUGAGAUUCACAAGCACCGGUCGAGGAGACAGUCCGCGAGGAAUGGCACAGCAACCCCAACAGAUAUCGCGUCAACUAUAACUGACACGGCCAGCGACACAAACACGACGACCAGCGACAAGAUAGAGGAGUUGUGCGACCAUAGUGUAGACGCGAGCGUCAGAGAGUGGCUGAGAAGGACGGCGGAUGCAAAUCGAUCCGGAAAUGAUAAUGACACGUGGACGGAAAUCGAUUUGGAUUACUCGAGUCCGGAAGAAGUGAGCUUCGAGAAAUGCUCCCUUCGUCCACGAUCAUCCCCCGACAAAUCGCCCUCCAGCCCAAUGGAGUCCAAAGUCUCCGCUGCAUCCCCCAGGCGGAUCAUAAGAAAUGUGGAUAGAAAUGCGUGUUUGAGGGCAGAACUGGAGAAGGGGAGAAGACAGAGCUUGGACGCCAUAUUGCAUGACACAGGGGAGAAAAUGAAAGAGAUGUUUCAAGGUCUGUCUCUGUUCGGCGAGCGACGCGGGUCUGUGUCGGCGCCGCGCAGCCCGCGCGCGCGGCGCCGCGAGGACGAGCGCCACUCCGACACCGACAGCCUCGCCAGCGUGGAAAUGCUGACCGACGAUCAAAUAGCAUCUCUAAUGCUGGACGCGCAACUCGAAGCUGUGUGCGAGCGGCUGGCCGGCGUCGCGAGGCAACCCAGGUCUCCGCAAUCACCCGAAGCUAGAUUUUGAACCUUAACCAUCGGUAAUAAGAUCCAAAGUCGUGUGAAAAUCGCAGCGUUGUCUUAAAAGCUAAGUUAUACAGGUUUUUUUAGAUUCAAAACCAGUGUUUUAGUCAUAAAAAUGCUACACAGUCGAAAAAGUUCAAACUUAUAAUAAAUUCGAACCAUAUUUUCAUUCAAAUUAAUUGUGAUGGCUAACAUUUAUGUUGAAAACUUUUCUUAGUUUUCCAUAACGAUUAAACUAUAUAUGUACAUAUUCACAAAAAUAUUACCGUAAAAAUAUGCUAUUAUAUAAUAAUAAUAUAUAAAUAUAUAUAACACGUAAAUUUACAUGAAGAACAUUCUUGUUCAUUAUGACACGUCAUGACGCUGACCCGUAUGAUCAAAUAAUUAAACUAAGAAAAUACAUUCACCAUUAGUCAGUCGCAUAAUCGUUAUAUGACUAUUAAAAAACUUAAAAUAUAAUUAUUUUUUAAACAUUAUCUUUCUAUCUGUUGACCACUAUACAAAUAAAUAAUGGUGUGGUCAAAUGGUGAAUGCAAAAUGGCCAGCUCGUAUGUUCAUAUGUGACUUUCCAUGGUUCAAGUUACUUUAUAAAUAAAUAAAUAUAUUAGGACAAAUCACACAGAUUGAGCUGGCCCCAAAGUAAGUUCGAGACUUGUGUAAUGGGAUACUAACUCAACGAUACUAUAUUUUAUAACAAAUACAUAUGUAGAUAAACAUCCAAGACUCGGGCCAAUCAGAAACAGAUCAUUUUCCAUUACGACCCGGGGAUCGAACCCGGAACCUUUCGGUCCAGUGGCAAGAACUUUACCACUGCGCCACCGAGGUCGUCAAUCGUGUUUAUAGACGGAUUGUUUAUAUUUUUAAUCGGAAUAUUAGUUUUUUAAACAGAUUACAGAAACAUGCGCAACUAAAACUCGACCAUAACAUACUUUUACGAAUGGAACGUCACAUUAUUGUGAAUAACUCGAAAUCCUAGGGCGAAAAGUACGGGUUUUCACUUCUUACUAUCGAGUCGAUUCGAAGUGAGACGCAGCGAACGAAUCGCAUUGCGGCGUAAUUGUCGUUAGGUCACAAUGGCGCACUGUGAUUGGUUAGCUGUGUCUCAUUGCGAAUCGCACUACGCAUACAUGCGUAUCUAUGACGUAAUAGUACAUUGAAAUCUAGAUUAUAGAAGAAAAGAGCACGGAGUUGUUUACUCUCUAAUUAGUAAGAAUAUCAUAGUAAUUAAUUGAUAUGUGAUACAAGCUCUUACGAACAUGCGUUUUAGGAUAUAGAAUUGUGUGACAAGUCUCAAGGCAAUCAAAAAUUAACCAAAGACUUCGCAUUUAAUUUGGCUGAUUAAAUUAAUGUAGAAUAGAUAAUUGUGUUGUAACUAAAAUAAAAAUAAUUUAAUUAAUACAUAAUUAUCGAAAAUUAUAAAAUGCUGAAAUAAAGUGUUAAUCCAUUUAUUCAAUAACAAAAUACAUAAUAUAUAAAAUUAAUAGCCAUAUUUACUUUUUAACGGCUCGAACGCUUUUUAUUUAUUUUUUUUCUUUUAUGUCAAUAAAUAACUUUUUUUAUUUUAUACCCGUUUCGCGUGCAGACAGAUAUUAUAAAAGUUUUGGCGCACUAAUAUACUUGAAAGUCUAAUAUAUAAAUAACUAGAUGUUGCCCGGGGCUUCGCUCCCGUGGGAUUUUUUUAUAUAAAGUAUAAUCUAUAGCAAUCUUGGAAAAUGUACCUUUCUAAUGCUGGGAGAAUUUUUGAUAUCGGUUCUGUAGUUUCUGAGUUUACCCGCCUCAAACAUACAAACUCACAAAGUCUCAAACUCACAAACGCUUACCUCUUUAUAAUAAUAGUGUAGAUAAAUUAUUUCGUUUUAUAAAAUAGACUAGAUCCUGUUCUUUCCUUAUCGUGAAACGGAACGUCGCCUUGCUUCUAGUGCAUAUACAUAAAUAUAUUGAUAUAAUAUUUAAAUAAACAAGGGAAUGUGGUACAAUAUAGCGUGUCAAAGAAGAAAAUAUUUUUGCCAUGGGUUUUAAUGGAAAAUCAUAAUAAUACAUUCCAUAGUCAUAAAAAAAAUAGUAUUCAUAUUUGUUGUUUGAGAAAUACGAUAAUAAUUGCCUUUCUAUAAUCAUAAGGUUCAUUUUAGAUUUAUUUAUUACAUUUAAAUUAUUAAUUUCAAGGUUUAUUUUAUUGUAGUUUUUAUAGCGGUGUGCUAGUAGUAUUUUUUAGCAAAAAUUUUUUUUUUAGUCGAAAUAAAUUUAGUUUUAAUUUCCUUAUUGUUAUAUUAUAUUUUCUUAAAAAAUAAUACAAGUUUAGACCCAGAAAAAAUGAUUUAUUUAAUUUAAGUAAUUUUAAAUUGAAUUUUAUUUUCAAAGUCAAAUUUUCAAAAUCUGUAGAGCGUCAACACAGCCUUUUAAAAAUACUUAUGACUCAUUACACAUAAAUUAUAAAUCAUUCUCUAUUAUAAUAGUAAGUUAGAAAACGCAAGCCUAAAAUAAGAUAAGAAACAAUAUCUUUACUGUGAAUCGGAUUAAAAAUUAUGUAAUAUCGUCAAAUGUUGGCUUAAAACACCAUCAAACAAUAUUUUGGUAACAUAUCAAUCAAGAUAUAUAUUUUCACUACAGUCGUAUUAUGUAAGGUCAAUUUAAUGGUAUUAUAUUCCUAGCGGGAAUACAAGUUGUUAUAUAGAAAGUGUUGCAAUAUUGCUAUUUCGUUCGCCAUGUAACUCAAAAACAAUAAUUAUCAUGGCCCAUUUUUCUUAUCCAUCCGUGGGAAAGGCUAGUGCCCCAGCAGUGGGGACAGCUGACGAGAUGAGAUUAAGAAAAAAACAGGAAUAGGGUGUAAUCUGUAUAUAUAUAUAUAUAUAUACAGAUUAUUUAAUUCUAAUUUUGUCCUAAUUUUGAAAAAUCGAUUUUAUUGCUUUUUGUAAGAUGUCUCAACGCAUUACGUUAACAUUUUAUAAUUAUAAAAAUAUAUCUAUUAUUAUUUUAUGUGAUUUCAAAUGAAAUGGUUGAACUAAGAAAUAGAUUUUGUGAUUGUUAUAAUUAGCCAUGCGCUUUUUAGAUGUUAUGACUUAGAUUACAUUUUAGGCAAAUCAAAUUGUAUGCAAUAAGAUUUGAUAAUAAAAUUGUUUUAGCUAGGUUUAUAACGUAGGUAAUGCCUAAACUUGCCUACAAUUAUAGCAUUUUGCCUGUAAGAUCAAAAUUUAGACAGCUAGAUCUCUGUGUAAUUUGUACAGAAAUAUAAUUUAUCUUCUCUAGAUAUGUAGAAUGUCUAUUGGUGAUUUUGUCUUUGUCACAAUCGGAGUACAAGUUAUAUUGAUAUCAUGUCUAUGUAUAAAACAAUUUUUAGAUUUUUUUUAUGUGUGUGAAUGUGACGUAUUUACUUUUUAUUCAAUUUCUACUCAGUAUUAUAAAAUUGAAACGUGAGCCAUAAUAGUGAGUGAGCGAAAUUCCCGCCAGUGAUAAUAUAUAAAUUUAUAUAGUAAAUAUAUUAUUAGUUUAUACUGAUAAAUAUUUGUAUGGGACGGUUAUUCUACAAUAAUAUGUAUAUUUUUAUAACUUCACAAAUUAUUUGCAAUACGCUUCUGUGAUUAUCGGAUUGUUUUUAUACUUUUUUUUUAUUUAGCGAAACAAAUAAGAAAAUUUUUAUUUUGGUGUCCGUUUUCCGGUUCUGCUUGUACUUUUUUGAUUCCGAAUAAUCUCGUGUAUUUUUUUUUGUCUUCCAUUAUUUAUAUUACACCGUUAUUGUUAUUAAAGAUCUAUCAAUUUAGUAUUACUGUUAACUAUUCAUUGGAUAUGGUAUUAUGUUAUGCGUCUAUUUUGUGGGGGUAAAAAAGUCAUGUCGCCACCAUUAUCGUAAGUAGAACUUUUUUUUUUCAGAUGACUAAAUUGAGUGAACAGAUAAAUACAGUUUACUUAACGCAGUGGCUAUAAACUAAAACUUCACGGGUUGUUAUAAUUGAGACAAAAAGGUUCAAUGUAAUAUCAAAUGCAUGGAAAAAUUUACGGACACUGGGCUCCGACGCUCAAAGGCGACGGACGAAAGGCUUUCUUACUAUAUUUGAAUAUCUCCAUACUAUUCCAUACAUGCAUUACUGUGACCAGCCACAUCACGUCACGUGACAUGAUUAUAAAUUUACCAUGGAUUUAGUAAGAUGAAAUUUACUGUUAUUGAAAGAACCUUUGCGCGAUAACACUGCCACAGAAUUAUAAGUUCUGUGGUAAAACAUUUAUUAUAUUACUCAACCGAUUUACCCAAAAUAGGCAUAACCUAAUAUUCGUCCAUCUGACAAACGUUUAGUUGUAAGCAGUAAAUGAUAUUAGACAAUGCUUUCUGCAAUAAAUACGCUUAUAAAUGUUAUUGUAACCGCACAACGCGUGUUUUGUGACGUCAAUACUCUACUGUGAAAAAUAUAGUAUAGAAUAUGUGCUAGCACUACACUUACAAACAUAAAAUAUAGUAUUUUUACGAGCAUAUGUCAUACAGCUUAAUCACUCGGGUGUAUCCAAGGAUUUGUUUUAUAUAUUCUUGCCCUUAACCCUCAUUGAGAUAAUGUUCGCGACGCGAUGCGCUACGAUACGAGGUCGCGUUGUAGAUCUACUGAUCUAUAUAUAACUAUCUAUAAACUAAUCAAUGAGGACAAUGACUUAGAGUAGUUAUUAUAAUUUUAUAGUUUUCUAUACAAAAUUUUGACUGUGUUAACCCUCGUGCGCACGGGCGUAAAAAAUAUUGCCUCAAGUUUAAUAUGUCACAUAAAUGACAUUUGCCAUUCAACCUAGUGUGCUCAAAAUGCAAUAAAGAAGUCUUGCCAUCUCAAACGGAUACUCUAUUACCAGGUAUUUUUAAUGCGUCCUUGCGAACGAGGUCUUAGAUUUCUUUUCCCACUUUCAUGACAAAAACAAUACGAAACACCAAGUACAUAAUAUAAUAAGCAAAAGUUGUUUAAUAAUUAAGUCGAAGUACGCAAAAGAAAACCUCUGUAUGUCACAAUUUUUCUAAAGUAUUCUUUAGCAUUUAUAAUAAAAUAAAGGCACCUUAGUGAAAAUCAAAGGCCGAACUCAGGUGGUAUCUCAUUUGUUCAUAAAUAAAUUCAGAAAAUAAAAAAUUAAAUCACUGCUGCUACAUUUCAUCCACUGUUAUAACACUCCCGACGUCGUAGAAAGAGAAAGCUAUAGACCACGCCAUGUAUCAUUUGGAAAUGGAAGAUAUGACGUUAUCUAUAUGUCUUCUUUGUCUACGAAUAAGACACUAAAUUACGGUAAAUAGGUUCGAUUAUUCUAUACUUUAAAACAGAAGCCUUAGUGCAAGUUUACAAUUCAGUUUUCACUAUCGAAUCUUUUCGCAGUGAGACGCAGCAGAAAAUCUAGUAGGUACAUUGUGUGGUUGUCGAGCGAUGUAGUGCUGAGAAUUUCCCGGUAACUUCUUCCCCUGAGAAUUGAAAUUUCACGGGAACGAUCUGGAGAAAGUUCUCAGAUAAUUUAAGAGAAAUUUCCAAGAGUUUCUGGGCUUAUAGCUAAUCACAAUACCACACUGGUUGACUGUGUGUCACUGCGAAAAGAUUCGACAGGGAAUAGCGAAUUUCAUACACGCUAGGUGUUUGUCGGAUUGUUUUGACCACUGCGGUCGCGCUGUCAUUACAUUUUUUUCAAAUUUUAACAAAGACAAGAAUUAGUUUUGCUAUCCGACUUUAAAACAAUUAAUCCGUACUGUGGUAAUGUAAAUUUUAUUAAUUAUUGAUUUUGGAUAUUAUUCCUUGCUUAAAAAAAUUGUCGGAUCGUAAUGAAAGCGCUACCGCAGCGUUUGAAGCACUCGGAGAUCCACCCACAAAGGCCUCAUAUUUUCACAUGGUGCCUCCAGUGAUAGCUUCUGACAGCUUUAAAACGAUGUUAUGUUCGCUGUAGUGAUAUUUGUACAAACGUAGCCAUACUAGUAGACUAAGCACGGUAUGUAUGUACAUACAUGUUAUCUUGCCUUCAGAUGAAUAAUAAAUACGGUUAAGUAGUUACAUAAUGAUGGUAUUUCAU